AUGGUAGAGCUUCAAUCCUGUGCUAGCUUGGUCAGUGCUUCUGCAUUGUGUGCUAUACAGCAAGAAGUGAAAGAGGAAGGUGUCAAUGUUAUAGCUGAGAUUACUGCUGAGUUACAAAGAGAAAGAAGGAAGAAUGCUGAGCUUAUGGAGAGAAUAUCAAUUCUUGAAGCUCAAAUACAGCAAAGAAACAAAGAUUCUCUUCCUGCAGAUGGGCAAGGCAGUUGUCCAAAUGCAAUGGAGAGAAGCUUCAAGAAACUAAAAAGACAGAAAACAGAUACAGCUAAUGAUGGAACUGAGAAUGGAAAUAUUAACAAAAGUGAAAUGUCAUUGCAGAAGACACAUGACCCUCAGUGUUUUCCUCCCAAAGACGCAAAUCUGGAAGACCGUUUGGUCAAUUGGAUGAGCAUGGAUGAUACCCAGUUUUUGCAUUUUGAAAAAUUUAAAGACAGUGAUUUGGCUGCAGAUUUUGAUGAUACAGAUGACAGUGAUGAUGAAGAUGAUGAUGACGAGGAUGAUAUUAAUGGUGACCAUAAAGUUAGAGUUGCUACUGAGAGUUCUAGAACUGUUAAUGAACUGAAAGAAUAUCUUCCUGAAGGUGUUGAUUUUGAUGGGGGAUCACACAUGCAAUGCUUGGAAAGUUGCUCUGUUGGUCGGAGUGAGCCAACAUUUUCAGUUGUAAACCGGGAAAUGAAUGAAAAUCGAAAGGAAAUUGUUUUGGUACCUGAUACAAAGCCAGUUUAUGAUGAAAAAGAACUCAAAAAACUUGACAGAAAAGAAACCAAAAAAGUUGGAGAAGAUAAAGCACCACCCAGGAUCCUUACUUUUGAUAAAGAGGUUUGCCAUCCAGGACCUGGAAGCCUAUCAUUGCAUAAAAAACCUCCAAAGACGGCUUUCUGUCCAAAAGAAGUGAAGAGAAUAAUUGAGUCAGAGAUCCUGUUUCAGAAAAAUGCUCAAUCUCAUACUAUAAGGAAAAUUAUAGUCUUUGCAUCUCUUGGUAUAAGGCAUGGAUGUGAAGAUAUGUAUGAGUUAAACUUCAAUCAUUUUAGCAUUUUAAGGAAGGGAGAACCAUUCAUAUCUCUGAAGGAACCUGGGGAGCAUGUUUUAUAUGAGAAUCCUGGUGUCCGAAGGAAGGUCUUUUAUCCCAAUCGGCAGAACCCAACAUUAUGUCCUGUUCAAAUACUUGAGGAGGAAAAGGCUAUGCGACCCUCUGAUACCAGCUGCCCAUCAUGCUUGUUUCUGUGUAUCAAGUAUGGUGGAAGAACAAGAAAUCUUCCUCAAAAUGAAUAUGUCAGGCAGCGCAUGGGAAGGAACAAACUGAAGUCUUUUGGGCCACUGAUGUGUCGUGUGGCAAUGCUAGUUCAUAUUCGCAGUGGAAGCUUCUUCUUCAAGGCCUUGGGAAUCACGCUUCUGUUUAUGGCUGGUUUUCCUGAUGACCUGGUUCAAAGAGAAACUAAAUACCGGAACUUGGACUUGCUUCAAAAAUAUUACAGGACGGAUGAAGAUGCUGAAGGGGAGGAGUUGUUUCUUCCAUAUCUGUUGACAAGCAAUACGCUGGCCAACCCUGGUUCUCAGCAGCUAACUGGGAAGACUAUUUCAACAAAAUCAAGGGGAAGGAAACAAACAAGCUCAAAUGCUAAGCCUAACAAUUUGGUAAGACCCUCAGUCCAACAGUCUACACCUUCAAGCUCUGCAACUCCAGCUCAUUUUGGGUUAAUGGGCUACACCUCCAUCCACAAUCAUGCAAUGGCAAUGGCAGCAUUCCAGUCCAUGCCAUCUCAGACUUCACCAGAUGCCCCACCAAUUUCAAAUCCAGUGGUUCCCGGUACUGCUACUAAUGUCUCGUACCAUAAUCAAACACCAUUCCAUGUGUUCCCACAACAGCCUGCAAAUGCUUUCCUACCUAUGAUGUAUUGGCCUCCACCAAACACAUUUCCUCCAGGACCUUUCCCUUCGACAUAUGGUUUCCAAUCUUUUCCAUCUGCUGCAAAUUACAUCUCCAUCCAUCAACAGCCUUAUUACAGCCACACCUCUAGCAAUCCUUUCAUACCGAAAACAGUAGGAGGCACACAGAACAAUGGUAAGACCUUAGAGGAAGCUGAUAGUGACUCUGACAGUAGUUCAAGCAGUACAGAUCCAAAAGAACAUUAGAAAGGUGCAAGUAAUGAACCAUCUACAUAGAUGAGUUUCAUGUAAAUUUUCUUCACUGAGCAAUAAUUUAGUGUAAGAAUGAUGCAGUGUAACACAUUUUUGGGCCUGUUCUUUGCAACAGGUGUGUAACUUACAAGUUUCUAUUUAUAUAAUUUUGUGUCCUUCGGUUCAUAGAGAAGAUAUAUCUUUGAGG